AUGCCUAGUGCAAUAGGCAUCGAUAUUUUCCCUCCAUUUAUGCAACCCAUUGCGGCUCAUUUGACCUGCUUCCUCUAUGAUUCUCUGUUAGAUGUACGGACCGAGGACCUUGGUUGCCCGAUCCAUGUAGAUGCGAUUGAGAUCGAUAAUGAAAUUUCCAAGACUCAACCGCAGAACGAUAUUAUGACAUGGCACAUUAAGGAAGCCCUCCGAAAGAAAGAGUCCCGCGAAUUCAUCCGUAUAUUUGCUACAACCAUGGCCGCGUUGGAGGCUGUCACCCUCGCUGUGGCGCACGCCUUAUUCUGUGUCGGCAGUAGCAACUCAUCUGCGCAGAUCUGGAGAGCUUUAGAGGAGGAAGCUAGACAUAUUCUUCAUAGGCCAAUCAAUCAGGACAGUGUCGACUAA